UAUUAUCCUGCCUUCGUCUCUGAGAUUUAAUAACCAUGUAGUAUGCCUUGCUGCAUGCGUCUCUGUCGCACAUUAGUAUUUAGCGUAAGGUAGAAAGAAAUAAAAAACGUUACACCCUACCAUAUCGACGCUGCCACCUCCCGUCUAUCCGAGCCUCAUUCUUGCCUGUGCGCGCGCGUCGAACGCACAUCGUCCGAGGAGUACUUAUAUAACCUACGCGCCCUGCUUCUCAGUUUCAUAUUCUUAUACUUUUUAUUACAAAGUAAGUGCUUACAUUGUGUAAUGCCGAAAAGGAAAUCAGACGAAACUAAAGAAGAUAGGUGGUUAAGAAAAAAGAAGAAAUACGAGGAUAAACUAAACAAUAAACGUAAAAAUCGGAUUAUCUAUUCAAGUGACGAAGACGAUGAAGAAAAUGCCGGUAAGUUAUCAACCUACUUUUGAAGGCUGUGUUGCUAUGCAAGUUUCACAAUAUUUUUUCAAUGCAUAUUGCAUUUUACCAAAGUGAUUUUCAGUGAAGGUACUUUAAGGAUGUAUUGAUUAGUUGCAUAUUGCACUAAAUACUUAUGUACACAAAGCUUAUAAGAGGCAUAUUGCCACACGAUAUUCGUGUUACUUAUUAUUUUUCUACGCUAGUGCCCCAAAUGAUUGCAGGUACCUACUUACCUAAGCCAAGACCUAUUGAGCAUAUUGCUUAUGCACGAUAUUCGUGCCAUUUUUUUUGUAAUGCUUACAUGAGCUAUAUAAAUUAAUGAAAAACAGUUUCACAUGCUUGUUUUUUCUUUUGCAUACCUUACAGAUCAUCUCAUUAUGGAAGAUAUUCCCAUAGAAACUGAUUACUGCGUGGAAAUACCGUCGAAUAGCAAUGAUCAACUACCCACAUUGCCGACGCCCGACGAAACAAAUCCCACUACUCAACCAGAUGAAGAGGUUGACAUGGAGCUACUCCAAACCUUGGGAGAACUGGAACCUGAGGCCAUGGAAUGGGGUGAGGACGUCCACGACAAUAUUGCGAAAAGGUACCAAAUUACUCUUGCUAAUGGGCUAAAAAAAGACAUUAAAGAGGAGCUAGGGAAAAAGUACCUCUUUCCUAAAAAUGUACCGUUAUGUAAAGCACCGACCCUUAACCCAGAGAUAGCAACAUUGCUGUCUGAACAAAACAGGAAUAGAGACAAGACCAUCAUGACUAAGCAAGAUCAGCUGGGCAAAGCCUUAAGCGCCCUGGGGACAGCAAUGUCUUCACUUAUUAAGAAAAAUCCAGAUAUUCCAGUUGUACUGAGGACACUAAAUGAUUGCAGUCUCUUAUUGGCUGAUUCUCACUAUGCUGAAAGCUAUACUAGGCGUUCUCUUAUUAUACCGCUAGUGGACAAAGCCCUUAUAGAACCUUUAAAAGAGAGAAAGAGGGAUAGCCUAUUGUUUGGUGAAAAUCUAGGUCAAAUGGUUCAAAAUUCAAGAGGCAUUAAAAGAACCAGUAAUUUAAUGCAAGGGCCGUCUACUUCAACGUCAAGUUUAAACUGGAAACGCCCACCUGUUCGUCCCUUUCAACCUCGCACCAACACGUAUCAACCUGUGCGAGCGGGUGGGCGACCAGCAGCCGCAUACUCGAGGCGCGGCCGAGCCACGCUGCCCGCAGCAACAGCAGCGAGGCGACCGCCCCCCCCGCCACCGCCGCCGCCGCAGGCGCCAGCACGGCGCCAGACGCAGACAUACCGGCGCCAAGCAGCGCCGCCCGACCGCCACAUAUUGUAGGCAAUACGGCGUUACCAGAGGUCAUCUCAUCCCCUCCACCAACACCUUUCCCUGGAGGCAGCUGUGUUAUCAGGGAAGCAUUCAUGAAACAAAACGUCCCCGAGUCAGCGCUAGAUACAAUGAUAAGUUCUUUAUCUCCUAACACUUUGUCUCAAUAUUCUAGCAGUUUAAAAUUAUGGUGGCAAUAUUGUGAGCAGAAUAAAAAUGAUUUCUAUGACGUUACGGUACCUAACUUGAUGGGUUUCCUUAUGAAAUGCUUCAAUUCGGGUUCAGCAUACGGAACAUUAAACAAUCAUCGGUCUGCAAUCGCUUUAGUGUCUAUGAAUGAUUUUUCUCAGGAUAGUAGAUUAAAGAGAUUCUACAAAGGUAUUUUUAAAUUAAAACCUGUCUUUCCUAGAUAUAGUACAACGUGGGAUACUAAUAUUGUAUUAGAUUAUCUGAAUAAUGUAAAUAAUGAUUCUGCGAGUUUGGAACUACUGACAAAAAAGUUAACUAUGCUGCUGGCACUAUCAUCCGGUCAAAGAACACAGACAUUGUCAUUAAUCAAAGUAUGUGAUAUAAAGACUUUUAAUGAUAAAAUUAUAAUUACAUUUACUAGUAUCAUUAAAACUUCAGGCAUAGGCCGGGCCCAACCUGUCAUAGCAUUACCUUUUUUCACAAUAAAUCAGAAUAUUUGCCCAGCAAAAACCCUACAAUCAUACUUAAAUCGUACUGUAAACCUCAGAAAUGAUAGUAAUGGUA